UAAUCACACAUACCCUGUUGCAGAUUGCAGAGUAUUACAGUAAUCCUUCCCCAUCCAUUUUACAUCUUCACCAUUGGAUUCUCUCUCUCACACAUACACACACUGCUUGUGAUUUUUCUGAAUUUAUAAAUUUUGUGGGUCAGAGAGCUUUUAAGUUAGAAACAAGUUUCUGCAUAAAAUCCCAAUUUCAUCUCACUCUUCGAUAGAAAGGGUGGUAGCACUAGCAGUUUACUCGUGGAUGUCCAGAUGCAGACUCCAAAAUCAAGUACGAAGACGUCAUCCGAAGGUUCUCGGAAGAUCUCUCCUCGAUCGAUUUCUUCAGACACGAGUCAAAGGAAUUCGAGUCGAAUCGCACGCCAACUGAAGACCACUGGAUUGGAAUCCAACUCGUCCUCUCUCAAUCAAUCAGUCAUUAGAACACCAAAAAGUACAAGUCCUGUAAUCGUUACUCGCAAAUCGCCUAUAAGCCCAAUUUCUGAGAAGAAACGUCCAGUGAGAGUUGCAGAGCUGGAAACGCAAAUUUCUCAGCUUCAAGAUGAUUUGAAGACUGUUAAGGAUCAAUUAGUUUCAUCGGAAUCAUUGAAAGAUCAAGCGAAACAAGAUGCAGAAGAAUCACGAAAGCAACUUUUAGCCAUGUCUUCAAGGUUAGAAGAGUCUCAAAAGCUAUUGGCUCGGUGUUCUUCAGAGGAACCACAUGGAACACAAGAUCUCCAAAACCUUGAUGAACCAUGGAUAUCAAAACUUGAAGCAGCGAAGAAACUACACUCUUCUGAUUUAGAUUCACUUGCAACUGCACUCAAUGAAAUCAAUCAGCUACAAAUCAAAAUCGACGGAAAAGCGAAUUCCGAAGCUACACAAACGAAGGAAACGGAAUCAGCGAUUGAAGAGUUGCAUAACUUAAAAUCAACCAUGGCUGAAACUCUUUCCAUUGUCGAAACCAUGAAAACCGAACUUAAAAAUUGCAAAAUCUCAGAGUCUCAAGCUCAAGAGCUAGCUAGAGAGACUUUACUUCAACUCGAAACAGCCAAAAUGACGAUAAAGUCGCUCAAGUUUGACCAGUCAAAGGAACGUGAAUCGGAAAACGCAGAUGAAGACCUGAUUAAAGAUUUGAAAUUUGAGGAAACGAGAUUCAGUUUAGAAGAAUCGCGAAAGAGAAUGGAGAUCGCAAGGGGUAUAUGUGAGGAAAACGAGGAGCUAAAUUCGAAAUUGAAGAAUUCUCAAUCGGGUAAGAGAGAAAACGAAUUGGAAAAUGAAAUCGCGAAUUUAAAACACGAUUUUGACUUUCUGAAGUCAAAAUUGAAUGUUAUGGAGACGGAAUUGAAAACCAAAUCAGACGAAAAACGAGAUGAUGAAACUCGAAAUCAAGAAAUUCAAGAAAAUGGAUUGUAA